AUGCCUAGAAAUGUCGCCGACACCAGGAAGCUCACCAAUGCACCCACCAUUGCCAUCCAGCAGCUCAACCACAACAGCCUCCUGCAGAUCCACCCCUCCAACAUCCGCCACAUCCUCACCAACAGCCCUGUCACCGAGUCAAAGAGCCCCCCCCUCAGCCGGACCAUUGUUGAAUCAAGCUCCAACCGGCGCCAGGUGGUUGUUGGCCUCCCUGGCGGCGAGCUCAUCUACUUCAAGCUUGACCUUGACAGCCAGCUCGACAAGUACCAGGAGCAGAAAGAGAUGGGUGCCACCAUCACCAGUCUCUCCCUCUCCGUCCGAGGUACCCAAGGGGAGACAACACAUGCCCUUCCUCCCCAUUGGCCUCAAAAACGCUACCGUCCACAUCAUCUCCCUUGA